AGCGCUUCUGCUGCAAGUAGCAUGGAGGUAACAGACCGCAUUGCCUCCCUGGAGCAGAGGGUCCAGAUGCAAGAAGAUGACAUCCAACUGCUUAAAUCAGCCCUAGCUGAUGUGGUUCGGCGGCUGAAUAUCACGGAGGAACAGCAGGCCGUGCUGAACAGGAAAGGACCUACCAAAGCAAGACCACUGGUGCAGACCCUGCCUUUACGAACCACUGUCAACAAUGGCACCGUGUUACCAAAGAAACCCAGCGGCUCCCUACCAUCCCCCUCUGGGACCAGGAAAGAAUCCUCCAUGCCGGCCACCAAAAGAUUAAACAGGUCUGUGAGUCUUCUCAAUGCAUGCAAACUGAAUAGAUCAACACCAAGUAGCAUCAAGAGGACCAGCUCUUCUGAACGAGUAUCUCCUGGUGGCCGAAGGGAAAGCUAUGGGGAUUCCAAAGGAAACCGGAAUCGGACCGGCUCCACCAGCAGUUCCUCCAGUGGCAAAAAGAACAGUGAAAGCAAACCCAAGGAACCCGUAUUCAGUGCAGAAGAAGGAUAUGUAAAAAUGUUUCUUCGUGGACGCCCUGUUACCAUGUACAUGCCCAAAGAUCAAGUGGAUUCUUACAAUUUGGAAGCAAAAGUAGAACUACCAACCAAGAGACUUAAGCUGGAGUGGGUCUAUACUUACAGGGGUCGAGACUGUCGUAAUAACCUGUACUUGCUUCCAACGGGGGAGACCGUGUAUUUCAUCGCCUCGGUGGUGGUGUUGUACAACGUGGAGGAGCAGCUUCAGAGGCAUUAUGCCGGCCACAAUGACGACGUGAAGUGCCUAGCAGUUCAUCCUGAUAGGAUCACGAUAGCAACAGGACAAGUCGCAGGGACAUCUAAGGAUGGAAAGCCAUUGCCCCCACAUGUACGCAUCUGGGAUUCUGUGACGUUGAAUACUCUGCAUGUCAUCGGAGUAGGUUUUUUUGAUCGAGCCGUCACCUGUAUUGCGUUCUCAAAAUCUAAUGGAGGAAGCAAUCUCUGUGCUGUGGACGACUCCAACGACCACGUGUUGUCUGUGUGGGACUGGCAGAAAGAAGAAAGACUGGCCGAUGUGAAGUGUUCUAAUGAAGCUGUAUUUGCUGCGGAUUUCCACCCCACGGACACCAAUAUCAUAGUUACCUGUGGAAAAUCACAUCUCUACUUUUGGACACUAGAAGGGAACUCCCUUAUUAAGAAGCAAGGAUUAUUUGAGAAACAAGAAAAGCCAAAGUUUGUCCUCUGUGUGACUUUUUCUGAAAAUGGUGACACCAUCACUGGAGACUCAAGUGGCAACAUUUUAGUAUGGGGAAAAGGUACGAAUCGAAUAAGCUACGCAGUUCAAGGGGCCCAUGAGGGUGGUAUUUUUGCACUUUGUAUGUUAAGAGAUGGCACACUGGUAUCAGGAGGAGGGAAAGAUCGAAAGCUCAUUUCCUGGAAUGGAAACUAUCAAAAACUUCAUAAAACUGAGAUUCCAGAACAGUUUGGUCCAAUCCGAACAGUGGCCGAGGGCAAAGGCGACGUGAUCUUGAUAGGCACGACGAGAAACUUUGUCCUGCAGGGCACUCUGUCGGGGGACUUUGUGCCCAUCACUCAGGGUCACACUGAUGAGCUCUGGGGACUGGCCAUCCAUGCCUCAAAACCUCAAUUCUUGACCUGUGGUCAUGACAAGCAUGCCACUCUCUGGGAUGCUGUUGGUCACCGGCCUGUCUGGGACAAAAUAAUAGAGGAUCCAGCUCAGUCUUCUGGUUUUCAUCCUUCAGGGUCUGUGGUUGCAGUUGGAACACUAACCGGGAGGUGGUUUGUGUUUGACACAGAAACAAAAGACUUGGUCACCGUUCACACAGAUGGAAAUGAACAGCUUUCUGUAAUGCGUUACUCACCAGAUGGGAAUUUCUUAGCAAUAGGCUCUCAUGACAACUGUAUCUAUAUCUACGGAGUCAGUGACAACGGCAGGAAGUACGCGCGAGUGGGCAAGUGCUCGGGUCAUUCCAGCUUCAUUACUCACCUGGACUGGUCCGUAAACUCCCAAUUCCUCGUGUCAAAUUCUGGAGACUAUGAAAUCCUUUACUGGGUUCCCUCUGCUUGUAAGCAGGUUGUAAGUGUGGAAACUACAAGAGACAUCGAAUGGGCUACCUAUACCUGCACUUUGGGAUUCCAUGUGUUUGGAGUGUGGCCAGAAGGCUCAGACGGAACCGACAUCAACGCUGUCUGUCGGGCCCACGAGAAGAAGCUCCUGUCGACGGGCGACGACUUCGGCAAAGUGCACCUCUUCUCCUAUCCCUGCUCCCAGUUUAGGGCUCCAAGCCACAUAUAUGGCGGGCACAGCAGCCAUGUCACCAACGUCGAUUUCCUCUGUGAAGACAGCCACCUCAUCUCCACAGGCGGGAAAGACACGAGCAUCAUGCAGUGGCGGGUCAUUUAGUCCCCGGCAAGGACUGCGAGAAGCAGAACAUGCACGGGAAGACAGACUCGCAUCACGCUCGGUCACUGUGAUUUCUGUUUUGUUUAAGAAAUUCUUACAAACCUCAGGAAACUAUGCCCUCUGCCGGUCACCUUAGCUUAGUGAGUCAGCAAGUGUCCCGUCAGAGACCCCGUUCCGUUCCCACUUUCGUUGUGCGAUGUGUGAAAUGUGCACACUGAAUAUGAGAGAGGCUCCAGAGUUGACCUUAUGGUGACAACAGAAGUACCUGGUGUACCCGUAGUGACUUUUCUAUGAACUCUUCCAAAAUGCUCACAGGAUGCCUUUUAAAAUAUUGUAUAUAGUCUUUACUAUGUCGCCAUCUAGCUUGCUAAGUCAAAUAUUUAUAAUAAUGAGGUACUGAAUGAUCGCUUUCCAGUAGUGGGUCCUCAAAGGAUAAAUUGCUUGAGAAGAGAGUGGAUAGUGAUUUGCACAGCUGGUCAGGAAAUACAAAUAUGAGGCUUUAUUUGGUUACAUUUUCUAAGGUUUCAUUCAAUUCUCCCUUUGGGAGGCUGGUGAGAAAAGGGUGUAUUCUUUUUGUGUUGAGCAGAUUCUACUCCAAAUUAACUUAAAUAUUUCAGCAGGUUAUACAAGCGUUUCAGAGUUUCAGUGAGACGGUCCUGCCUAAUGAAAUGCAGUCAGCCUCUUAACACCUCCGUGAAUUGGUCCCCUCUGUCCCCUGUCCACGUGCCCUGAUGAAUGGUGAGACAUUAGCCACCUUCCUCUGUAUAUUAAUUGGCAUGAUAUGGCAUUGUACUUGUAUAGGAUUUUAGCAAUUCAUAAUAAAUAUGUAAGGCUAGGCUUUACUGUUUUAUGCUUAUGGACAUUGUACAUUUGUAUUUUAUGACCAAGUAGACAAGUCAAAAAGAUAUCUCUUAAGUGUACCAUAAACCUGCGGAGGGGAAAAGUCUCGAAAGGUCCACCAGGUACUAAGGGCAGCUUCUUCUCCUGUCUUUUGUGCAUGGAUGGCUCACGAUACCGUAUGAAAUAAGAUUGUGCUCUUAUGAGUAAAACUUAGGUGGCAUAAAUUUGUCCAGAAGGCCUUAUCCAUAGUGUGACAGAUUGAAAUUUAUUGUUUACAUUGGAGAAUGUAUCUCGGAUUUUUAAAUAGAAGAGUAAUAAACAGACUUUGAAACAAAUGUUGAGAUUUUCACUUCUAGGCAAGUAAAUGAAUUGGAUUAUCUGAACUCUACAGCACUGGUUGUUUAGAGUGGCUGACUAAGUGCGACAGUGGAAACCUUUUUUAUGGCAUCUCCAGCCUGCUGCAGAAGUGCAGGGCGCCACUGAACAACGUGCAUUAAAGAUGCAUCUGUUUGUAUGUCUCCUUAUCAAAUAUAUUCUGUAAUGAAAUAAAAUCUGAAAAGUGGAUUUCUUAUGGACCUAUAUUCAUAAAAGUAUAUAAAUUAAAAUAUUUAAAAUUA